AUGCAUAACGUCAGGAUUUCCAUUCCAUCGUUCCGCUCAGAGGACAAUCCGAUGGAGAAAGGGUACACGGUAAGAUCUUGAAUGUAUGCACCAGUAAGCCUCCGCAAAACAACAAUCAUAGCUAACAUUGCAAGUUUGCAACAAAUGGUUGAAAACAAACCAAUAGCAUAUUUAUUAACUUUGAGUAAUGUUAGCGAAACAGUCAACCAAUGCUGUCAACUAACGUUUAUUUGACGUGACUAGACAGAGUGGGAGUAGAGAAGACCCGGUUGGGUGCUAUCCAUUCAAUUUCACCAAUUUUACAGACAGUAAAAAACGAUUUUGACGAUAACUCUGACAGGAUGUGAAACAUCGAUCAACUGCUUUAACAAGUUUCCUGACCUCCCGAGUGUUUCCCUUGAUAGCAAAGUCACUAAAGCACCAUUUUGUGUAACUAAUGCAUUGUGUUGAAAAAUGCAAUGUUUUAAAUGGCCAUGACUGUCAAAUGUGAAUUGAUUCAAGUCAUAUCUCUGUACGUUCAUAUGUCACAUUUCUCCGAACCAUGAUGACUGUUUAUUUUCAUCACCAGGUCUUUAAAAUCGAGGUGCUAAUGAAUGGUAGACAGCAUACAGUGGAGAAACGCUACAGUGAAUUCCAUAACCUGCAUAAAAUAGUGAGUUUGUGUACCAUUGACUGACUUACACUACAUCACCAAAAGUAUAUGGACACCUGCUCGUCAAACAUCUCAUUCCAAAAUCAUGGGGCAUUAAUAUGGAGUUGGUCCCCCCUUUGCUGCUAUAACAGCCUCCACUCUUCUGGGAAGGCUUUCCACUAUAUGUUGGAACAUUGCUGCGGGGACUUGCUUCCAUUCAGCCACAAGAGCAUUAGUGAGGUCGGGCACUGAUGUUGGGCGCAGUCGGCGUUCCAAUUCAUCCCAAAGGUGUUCGAUGGGGUUGAGGUCAGGGCACUGUGCAGGCAAGUCAAGUUCUUCCACACCGAUCUCGACAAACCAUUUCUGUAUGGACCUCGCUUUGUGCACAGGGGCAUUGUCAUGCUGAAACAGGAAAGGGCCUUCCCCAAACUGUUGCCACAAAGUUGGAAGCACAGAAUCGUCUAGAAUGUCAUUGUACGCUGUAGUGUUAAGAUUUCCCUUCACUGGAACUAAGGGGCCUAGCCCGAACCAUUAAAAACAGCCCCAGACCAUUAUUCCUCCUCCACCAGACUUUACAGUUGGCACUAUGCAUUGGGGCAGGUACCAUUCUCCUGGCAUCUGCCAAACCAAGAUUCAUCAGUCGGACUGCCAGAUGGUGAGGCGUGAUUCAUAAUUCCAUAGAAUGCGUUUCCACUGCUCCAGAGUCCAAUGACGGCGAGCUUUACACCACUCCAGCCGACACUUGGCAUUGCGCAUGGUGCUUGGCCAUGGAAACCCAUUUUAUGAAGCUCCCGACGAACAGUUAUUGUGCUGACGUUGCUUCCAGAGGCAGUUUGGAACUCGGUAGUGAGUGUUGCUACCGAGGACAGACGAUCUUUACGCGCUUCAGCACUUGGCGGUUCCGUUCUGUGAGCUUGUGUGGCCUACCACUUUGCGGCUGAGCCGUUGGGGCUCCUAGAUGUUUCCACUUCACAAUAACAACACUUACAGUUGACCGGGGCAGCUCUAGCAGGGCAGAAAUUUGACGAACUGACUUGUUGGAAAGGUGGCAUCCUAUGACUGUGCCACAUUGAAAGUUACUGAGCUCUUCAGUAAGGCCAUUCUACUGCCAAUGUUUGUCUAUGGAGAUUCCAUGGCUGUGUGCUCGAUUUUAUACACCUGUCAGCAACGGGUGUGGCUGAAAUAGCCGAAUCUACUAAUCUGAAGGAGUGUCCACAUACUUUUGUAUAUGUAGUGUAUAUUCCUGGUGUAAGAACAGAGCCCACAAUACUUUCAAAACAUAUACUGAGCCAUCAUAGUCAAUAAUAUGAUAAGGCUGGACUAUGUUAGGGGGGUGAUAAUUAGUGGAAUAGGCUUAAUAUAUGGGUGAAGGAUAUGAAAAGCAUAAUAGUUGGAAUUUGGCUUGAGCUAGGCUUUGAAUGUUUCCUCUACCCUAAUCCAUGCCCUGUAACCAUGCUCAAUGUGAUAUCUGCUUCUUUAAGCUGAAGAAGAGCAUAAAGCUGCCUGAGAUCCCCUCUAAGCAUGUACGGAACUGGGUUCCCAAAGUUCUGGAGCAGAGAAGACACGGUCUGGAACUCUACCUACAGGUAAUGAAAAACGCCGACAGGCCUACACUGACUAUUUCCUCUAACCCAUCUUUUGUAUCAAUACAGCUCAUUGAAAUGGUACUAUUACAUUUUUUCCAACUUCCAUUUGCUUUUGUUUCUUGUGUCCAUAAUUCAACAGACUAUAAUUAUGGAGAAUGAAGUUCUCCCAAAGAUAUUCCUGGAUUUCCUCAACAUCCGCCACUUUCCCUCACUGCCAAAAACAGAAAGUUGUGGGUGAGUUUUUAUACUAUGUGCCCUAUAUACUUGUAGAAUAUCUCUCCUCUCCUUUGUGAAAGAAUUGAGUUCCUGCCUUUAUAUAAAAAUCCCCAAACUGAUUCUGAAUCUUCUAUGUUUUUCUUUCAUUAAAGGUCAUUUGAAAUGGAAUCUGAAGAGUCAAGGUUUGUUAAGUGAUUUUGAAAGGUUCAUCCAUUUUGAAUGUUAUAUUGUUUUUGUGCAUCUCUGAGUGAUGUUCUAUCGAUUCCCUAGGUCAUUUAAUGUUUUCAUGUGUAUCUAAGUUAUUGGCGUUCAAGCAGGCAGAAACCCAGCCGGUAUUACGUAGCACCGUGAUAAAGUUGCUCUCACUACACUUGGAAUACGACUUUUAGAUCGCCAAAACCUAUAUCAUACAUGUCAGAUUUCAAUACUGGCCAAUGUCAUAACUCGGGAGGAUGUCUUCUCUCAAAUGAGCCAUUGAUAAUAUUUUUGUGAUAUUCCUACCUCGAUAUUUGUAAUUUAAUGGAGGGUCUAGCACAUUUUUUCCUAUUUAGUCCAGGGUGCAUUGCAUGGUGCAGUUGCCAGAGAUAUUAUAAAGAUAUUAUAGAAAGGAGAUAGGAAUCCAAUGAAUGCAGGUUGAACAUGGUGCGAUAGCUGUAAAAUCGCCAAAACAUUUACGUCAUUUAGCAGACGCUCUUAUCCAGAGCGACUUACAGUUAGUGAAUCAUUUUUUUUAUUUUUUAUACUGGCCCCCCGUGGGAAUCGAACCCACAACCAUGGCGUUGCAAACGCCAUGCUCUAUCAACUGAGCUACAUCCCUGCCGGCCAUUCCCUCCCCUACCCUGGACGACGCUGGGCCAAUUGUGCGCCGCCCAUGAGUCUCCCGGUCGCGGCCGGCUGCGACAGAGCCUGGAUUCGAACCAGGAUCUCUAGUGGCACAGUUAGCACUGCGAUGCAGUGCCUUAGACCACUGCGCCACUCAGGAGUAAACUGCACUAACUAGAUACGUUACAUGCUGAUAUUGUCUUUGGUAUUAUUGUGUGUAGCUACGUUUGCUAGCUAGCUAGCCCAUAGAGAGAGCAUUGCAUUGUGGAUUUUGUAAUCGACUUGAGCUGCAACGGAUUUCCACAACGAUUUUCCAUGUUUCUACCAACCUUGUUAUAACGCCAAAAUGAAACAUUUGUUCACAAAAAAAUAUUCAUCUAGUGUUAUUUAACACUGUAAAUUAAAGGAAUUAGUGGUUUUUAGUGGAUUUUACCUUUGUAUAGUUUAUUGAGUUUAUAGUAGUUUAUGUGAUGUAGGUUAAUUCCAAAGUAUAAUGUCAAAAUAGCUAACUAGUCUGCAUAAUUUUGUCAGAGUACUGGCUUUAUCAGGCUUGUGACCCUUAACUCCCUUAAUUGAUCCUUCUCCUCUCUGGUCUCUCUGUAGUAAACUGACCCAUCAGCCAACCAUGCUCUACCAGCGAGACCCCUACCUGCUCCCAUCCACCCACGGUAACAUAUCUUUACACAUCUUCAGACUGCCCAUGAAUAGACAAUCAAUAUCGUUGCAAUAUUAAAGUGAGAUCUCUUUGCAUAAUAUUUAAUUAUGUAAAUACAAUAGCGAAUCAUUUGAAGGGGAAAUAUUGUAUAGAACAAAUCAGUUUUACUUUGCUUUUUUCUCCUCAUAGAUACAUUUUCAAAUGUUGUCAUAGAAGGAGUGAUACAUGGAAUAUUUUACCCAGACCUUCAACCAAGGUAG